AGCGUCGAGGUCACGUGACCGUCCGUGCCUGAGCGACUCGGUAUAUUCACGCGCCUCUCGGAGUAUACAGUAUACUGUAGGUCGCGCGCGUGAACAGUUGUACAAAGGGAAAGAGCUCCGCUUUGAAGAUGAAAGCACUCUUUUUAAGUGUUGCGCUUCUGCACUGCGUGUUUGCAACGCCUUUGUUUACAGAAGAAGAUGAAUAUCUCUUCAAAACGUGGAUGUCUAAGCACAAUAGGCAAUACGGCAUGGAUGAGUAUUACCGGAGGCUGCAGAUCUUUACUGAGAAUAAGAAGAAAAUUGACACACACAAUGCAGGAAAUCACAAAUUCAGAAUGGGACUAAACCAGUUCUCAGAUAUGACUUUUGCUGAAUUCAAGAAAUUCUACCUUCUGAAAGAACCUCAGGAGUGUAACGCUACCAAAGGGAAUCACGUUAGAGGUGCUGGUUUGUACCCAGACUCCAUCGACUGGAGGAAGAAAGGAAACUACGUCACUGACGUGAAAAAUCAGGGUGCUUGUGGCAGCUGCUGGACUUUCUCUACCACAGGCUGCCUGGAGUCCGUCACGGCAAUCGCCACAGGGAAACUCCCCUUAUUGGCAGAGCAGCAGUUGGUGGAUUGCGCUGGUGCGUUCAACAAUCAUGGCUGCAACGGUGGACUUCCCAGUCAAGCCUUCGAGUACAUCAUGUACAACAAAGGUCUUAUGACAGAGGAAGACUAUCCCUACGUCGGCCGAGACAGUACUUGUAAGUACAAUCCUAAACUUGCUGCGGCCUUCGUGAAAGACGUGGUGAACAUCACAAAAUAUGACGAGAUGGGGAUCGUGGACGCCGUGGCCAGGCUUAACCCUGUCAGCAUCGCUUUCCAGGUGCUGAGUGAUUUCAUGCACUACAAAGACGGAGUGUAUACCAGCACCGUGUGCCACAACACUACAGACACUGUGAAUCAUGCCGUGCUCGCCGUGGGCUAUGCCGAGGAGAACGGCACACCCUACUGGAUAGUAAAGAAUUCUUGGGGCCCACUGUGGGGCAUUGACGGAUAUUUCUACAUCGAAAGAGGAAAGAACAUGUGCGGUCUUGCUGCCUGCGCAUCUUAUCCAGUAGUGUGAAAUAUUCCUCGACAUUAAAACUGACAAGGGACAAAAACAGAAGUGUUUUUAAAAGGUGAAUGUGUGAGUCAAUAAAGAAUAACACAAACUUGACAGCUUUAAAAAUCUUUUUAUCAACUGUUCAGCUUAACUAAUAAUGAUUGCAUUGAUUAUAUGAAUAUUUGUCAUUUAAAUGAUUCAUUUUAUUAAAACUUUUGACUUUUGAUUUAUAUUUUUAUGGAUUAAUCAAAUUUCUGUCACCUGAUUUGGAAUAAAAAAAUUGUACACAA